AUGUCAUUUCCACACGACCAGGCCAUGGCUCCUCUGGGGGAUUUCCCGCAUCGGACGCCCAAGCCGUUGUCCUUCGAACUGGUGCAGCAUACUGGUUAUUUCUUUGAGGAAGGCCUCUACACACUAGCAUUGGAUCUCUUGUUCAAUACCCUCGCCUCGGGGACUUACGCUUCAAAUAAAGUCCUGACGCCACUGUCACAGCAUCUUGCCCUUGCAGUAACAGUUCUCGUUCACCCUUCAACAACCACCCGCGCCCAGUCCACCGAAGAGAAAAGUGCGCCGGAUGUUGCGCUGCGACUUCUGCGGCUCUUCUCCGCCCAGGUCAACCCGAUAGAAGCCAGACUCAACACUGCCUUCAGUUUUUCGCGUUCCAAAAUCUCGCGAUCGGGACGGCGAUACCAGGAGGAGCACGACCCGACUGGCGAUGACGAGACGAAGCCGUUGAACCUGGCAUUGGGACAGGCAGAGUCCUUGUGGUCUCGCGCGGACGACUUCUGGCAUGCUGUCGGCUGGGCAUUUAAUUGUUCUGUGCUUUACCUAAAGCGGUGGGACCGCUGGCAGAUCUGGUUGCAGUUCAUGUGCGAAAUCCUCGAGGACGACUGGUUACAGCGAGAGAAAGAAUACAACGCAAAGCAAGAACAAAGCAGGGAAAGCUCAAAGUAUGCUGCAUCGGAGGCAAACACUGAAACGACAAGUCGGGGAACACGGUAUCAGGGAGACGAUCUGAACAUCCUGCGGCAAAGUUUGAUCUUCCAGUAUAUCUCUGCUGGCGCGAGGAUUAUAAAUACUCGCCGGAUCAUCAAAUCUAUCUUUGCAGACGGCAAUACUGCCUCGAUCAAUCAGUUUAGAGAGGUCUUCGAGAAAGAACUCGCCUUUCCCAAUCAUCAGAAAGACUCUGCAAAGGCAAAGAAACGAGAUCGUGAGGUUAAUAUUGAUAAAGACCAAUAUGGUGACUACUUCACCGAUGAUUCGGAAGUUGACUCCGUCUCUGGUCCGAGCAAGUCUCAAUCCCGUUCCUCUACACCUCUGGAAGACGUGCCAAAUGUGAGACGCUCGAAACGCACCAGACGAGGCACCCGGAACGCGUCAGAUUCAACCGCUGCAGAACCAGCUCGAGAAGCUUCAGAUGCAUCUCAAGGCCAACUCACACAUCAUGGUGGCGGUGUAUCUCAACUGGGUGGCCUUGAAUCUCUUGCACUGCGCAAGAAGCUCCUCGGCAUCUUAUCCAGAGUAUCUGAUUACAUGCCUAAGGACUUCAUCCAACUCGAUGAUCUCUACCAAUCUUUCGUUGAGCAUAUCCGCCACCAGCCCCUACCGAUUUUCCAAGCCUUUGUCAACCCACUUGUCCUUCCAGAGCUCGACGAUGAAGCACAGACAACCCUUUGCGAAUUUCUGCUAUUCAACAUGAUCGAAGCGGCUGCACGCGAGUCACAGGAAGACCGACUCACAGCUGCAAAGCUGGAGCAUUGCUUCCUUCCCUAUGCUGCAGCUACACCUAGUGUUGCCGACAAUGCCAAGUUCUCUAUACUCCUCGAAUCGUUGGUCACACUGCUGGCCGGCCGAGGUUGGAUCAAGCAAACCCCAUCCUUGAGAGCGGCAGUCGAUAAAGGGAUAAAACACCGAGAGGAGCGGGCAAAAGAAGAGUCACACCGGGGUCAUGCUAGCCGGAACAAAGAGGUAUCCGAGUGGUACUGGCUAAAGGAGAGUGGAGAGAGACUGAUGUUCCUUGUCGAUCUUCUUCCGGUC